CGCCGCUGUCGGUUGCCGACCCUGCUCGCCGGAGCGCAGCUCCACGUGAGCACGUCCAGCGAUAGGCUCCACUCUUCCUCCACCGCUCCCGCCGUCGUGACGCGCCGGGACCUCCUCGCUCGCCCGUGUCUUCUAGUCCGCUGCCGCUGUCGUUCGUAGACCAGACGUGCGCGGUGCGCCACCCCCCAGUGCAGUCCAUCUCGUCGGCUCAUCCUUUCUUUCCCUGCAGUGGUAAAUCAAUCUACCCGCGGUUAACGCGACGAUGCCGCGGUGAGGAGCGCCAGGGGAAGGCUGGCACCCGCAUUGCUCUGCGCCCACGGCCUGUUCGACGGAAUUCCCAGCCGGGGCGCCUCGCGGUGCUGGUUCGGCUGCCAGGGCCGAGGAUGCCCUUGCGGGCGUACGUGGGCAUGCUGGCACGCGGAGCCAGGCCUGGCGCGUACACGUUUCCGCCGUUGCUCAAGGCGGUGGUGGCAGAGCGGGGCGCCGUGGCGUCGGCCGCCGGAGACUCUGUCCACGCGCAUGUGGUUAAGUUUGGGCUGCAGCUCAACGCCCACGUGGCGAGCUCGCUGGUCCUCAUGUACGCGGCCAGGGGCGACGGCGUGACGGCGCGCGCACUGCUGGAUGUGCAGCCCGCCAGAGGUGGCGGCACGCCCGUCAUGUGGAAUGCGCUUAUCCGAACCACCAUGAGUUCCUCCUCCACCGUCUCCAACCCGUUCGCCGGUCCCGAUAUCACCCUCGUCCGCGACCUCAACAUCCAUGAGCGCGUCCCGGUCAAACUUGAUCACACCACCGCCUCCUACUCCGCUUGGAAGCGGUACUUUUCGCUUGUGUUCCGUGAGUACCUCCUACACGGCCACGUGGACGGCACCGUGGACUCGGCGCUCAUGAUCAACGACGAGGAGUGGAUGAUCCUCAACGCCACCAUCAUCCGCUGGUUCUAUCUCACCAUCUUCGGCGACAUCUUCCACACCGUGGUGAACGACGAGGACGACGCCUAUGCGCCCACCUUCGCCAAGGUGGUCGCGUACCUCAAGCUAGAGGAGCGCCGGAUGCGGGUGGCAGGGACGAGCGCGACCCACACCGUCCUCGUCGCCGGCACCCGCGGAGGUUCGGCCCUGCCACCGCCCCGCCUGACGCCGCCCCAGCCGGCGGCGCCCGCCUUCCCGCCUGGCUUCCCGCCCGCCCCAGCCGCCCCCUUCCCGCCGCCCCAGCCGGCGGCCAAUGGGGGGGUCGUCGCGGCGGCCGCCGGGGUGGCCGCAAGCAGGGAGGCGGCGGCGGUGCUCAGGGAGGAGCACCUCGCCAGCAGCAGCCGGCCCCUCAGCCGGCGGCUCCGUGGUACGCCGGCCAGAACCCAUGGACCGGCGUCGUCCACGCCUACUCCAUGCCGGCAGUUCAGGCUGUCAUGCUGCUCUUUCCUGGAUAUGGUGAGGGCUGGCGUUGUGGCCACGCCGGUCACCUACAUCACGGUGCUGUCAGCAUGCGGCAAAGGCAACGACGUCCUGCUCGGAAUGCAGCUGCACAAGCGCGUCAUUGAGAGUGGGGUGUUGCCUGACCUCAAGGUGGAGAAUGCGCUCGUUGAUAUGUAUGCCGAGUGUGGAGAGAUGGAAGCAGCUUGGGAUUUGUUUGACAGCAUGCAGGUGAGGAACAUUGUGUCGUGGACAUCGGUGAUCUAUGGGUGUGUAAGACUAGGCCAGGUUGAUCGAGCCAGAGUACUCUUUGAUCGUAUGCCUGAGAGGGACACCGUCUCAUGGACUGCAAUGAUUGAUGGUUAUGUACAAGCUGGCCAGUUCCGAGAGGCAUUGGAGAUGUUUCGUGAGAUGCAACUUAGCAAGGUGAGGGCAGACGAGUUCACCAUGGUCAGCAUAGUCACGGCAUGCGCGCAGCUUGGUGCUUUAGAGACAGGGGAGUGGGCUAGACUUUACAUGAACAGACAUGGGAUCAAGAUGGAUACUUUUGUCGGGAAUGCGCUCAUAGACAUGUAUUCAAAGUGUGGGAGCAUCGGGAGGGCAAUGGACGUGUUCAAUGAGAUGCACAGUAGAGAUAAAUUUACUUGGACCGCUGUUAUACUUGGUCUUGCAGUGAAUGGCCAUGGUGAGGAGGUUAUCGAUAUGUUUGACAGGAUGCUUAGGGUGUUUGAAGUUCCAGACGAGGUGACCUUCAUUGGCGUUCUCACUGCAUGUACUCAUUCUGGUUUGAUUGACAAAGGACGAGACUUCUUUCUCAGCAUGACUGGGACCUACAGGAUUGCUCCUAAUGUGAUGCACUAUGGAUGCAUAAUCGACCUCCUUGGGCGAGCUGGAAAACUAAGAGAAGCAUUGGAGACAAUAGGUAAAAUGCCCAUGAAACCCAACUCUGCAAUUUGGGGGACCCUGCUGGCAGCUUGUAGGGUCCAUGGUAACUCAGAGAUGGGUGAAUUGGCAGCAGAACGUCUCCUUGAGUUGGAUCCUGAGAACAGCAUGGCUUACGUCCUUUUGUCCAAUCUGUAUGCAAAAUCGAAUAGAUGGGGAGAUGUUCGGUGGCUUAGGCAAUUAAUGAUGGAGAAAGGAAUCAAGAAAGAGCCUGGUUGCAGUCUUGUUGAAAUGAACGGCACAAUUCACGAAUUUGUAGCUGGCGAUAGAUCUCAUCCUAUGAGUGAAGAAAUCUAUUCUAAAUUGGACAAGUUUGGCACUACUUCUAUUAAAAGAAAGAUACUAGUAGGUUUUGCUCUGCUCCUCUGA